CGCGCGGGCUCCCUCAGCAGUCCCGCUACUGCCGCGGGGCGGGCAGGAGGGAGAAGGGCGCUGCGUAGCUUUGCGCGCCGCCGCCGCCGCUGCCUCCUCUCCCAGGCAGGAAGCGAGAGAGCGCGGCUGGCCGUAGGAAGAGCAGCCGCCGCCGCCCAGCAUGCCCUCGCCUGCCCCAGGCGGCCUCCGCGCCUUGCGCUCUUCUUAGCCGAGUCGCCGCCUCAGCCUCGUCUUGGCCCCGGCCCCAUGGUGGUUGGGGGGCAGCGCUCUGCUGCGGCGCGGGGAGGCGGCAGAGGAGGAGGAGGAGAACGAGAAGGAGGAAGGCAUGGCCGCCCAGGGGGACAGCUGCAGCGUCAAGGUGGCCGUGAGGAUCCGUCCUCAGAUGCCAAAGGAGAAGAUAGAAGGAUGCCACAUCUGCACAUCAGUGACACCUGGCGAACCCCAGGUGCUCCUGGGAAAGGACAAAGCCUUUACCUACGACUUUGUCUUCGACCUGGAUACGUGGCAGGAACAAAUCUACACAACCUGUGUGAGCAAACUCAUCGAGGGCUGCUUCGAGGGGUACAAUGCGACUGUGUUGGCAUAUGGCCAGACAGGUGCAGGUAAGACGUACACCAUGGGAACCGGCUUUGACGUGAACAUUUCCGAAGAUGAGAAUGGCAUAAUUCCACGGGCCAUUACCCACCUAUUCUCUGGCAUAGAGGAGCGCAAGCGGGCAGCGCAGGAACAGGGUGUGCCAGUACCAGAGUUUAAAGUCAGUGCACAGUUCUUGGAGCUGUAUAACGAAGAGAUCCUGGACCUCUUUGAUAGCUCACGAGAUCCUGAUUGCCGCCACCGGAAGUCAAACAUCAAAAUCCAUGAAGAUACCAGUGGUGGGAUCUACACCACAGGUGUCACAUCACGUCUCAUUGGCUCGCAGGACGAGCUGAUUCAGUGCCUGAAGCAGGGAGCUCUCUCUCGAACCACAGCCAGCACCCAGAUGAAUGUCCAGAGCUCUCGCUCCCAUGCCAUCUUCACCAUCUACCUUUGCCAAAUGCGCGUCUGCUCCCCUGUACACUUGGUGAAUGGAGACUCCAACAGUCUCCUGGAGGGAUCCCAGCCUUCUAGUGAAUAUGAGACACGAACAGCCAAAUUCCACUUUGUUGACCUGGCUGGCUCAGAGAGGUUGAAGCGGACUGGUGCAACUGGCGAGAGAGCCAAGGAAGGGAUCUCCAUCAACUGUGGUUUGCUAGCACUGGGAAACGUCAUCAGCGCCCUUGGGGACCAGAGCAAGAGAGCCUUGCAUGUGCCCUACCGAGAUUCAAAGCUGACUCGGCUCCUCCAAGAUUCCCUUGGUGGCAACAGCCAAACCAUAAUGAUUGCCUGUGUGAGCCCUUCUGAUCGGGAUUUUAUGGAGACCCUGAAUACCCUUAAGUAUGCCAACAGAGCUCGCAACAUCAAGAACAAAGUGGUGGUGAACCAGGAUAAGACGAGCCAGCAGAUCAGUGCCCUGCGAGCUGAAAUUGCUCGCCUUCAGAUGGAGCUCAUGGAGUACAAGGCGGGUAAGCGUGUCAUUGGAGAGGAUGGCUCUGAAGGCUAUAGUGACCUGUUCCAGGAAAAUGCCAUGCUGCAGAAGGAGAACACCACUUUGCGUAUGCGUGUGAAGGCCAUGCAAGAAGCUAUUGAUGCCAUCAACGUCCGUGUCACACACUUGAUGAGCCAAGAAGCCAACUUGAUUCUUGCCAAGGCAGGUGAUGGCAACGAGGCUAUUGGUGCUCUGAUUCAGAACUACAUCCGGGAAAUAGAGGAGCUCAGGACAAAGCUCUUGGAGAGCGAAGCUAUGAAUGAAUCACUGCGUCGCGGUCUAUCACGAGUUUCCUCUAGGCUUCCUUAUUCCCUGGGCAUAUCUUCAUCUCCUGGGCUGGGAGCUUCAAAUAGCCCUGUCUCCUCUGUGCAAGCUGAGGCCUCAGAAGUCAUCCAGUGGGCCAAGCAAGAUAUAGAACGGUUGAAGAAGGAGACUAAGCUGCGAAGGAAAAGCCCAGAGAAAGAAGGGUUUAAGAAGAGGUUGAGGAUGCAGCAGGGAAAUGAGGUGGAUGAGACAGAUGAGAAUGAGGUGGAAGAGGAGGAACGGGAUGAGAGUGGCUGUGAGGAAGAAGGCGGCCAGGAGGAGGAAGAGGAAGAUGAUUCGGGAAGUGAAGAAAGCCUGGUGGAUUCUGACUCGGAUGUUGAAGAAAAGGCAGCAAAUUUCCAAGCUGAUCUGGCUGACCUGACCUGUGAGAUUGAGAUCAAACAGAAGCUAAUAGAUGAGCUGGAGAACAGCCAGCGGCGCCUGCAAACUCUGAAGCACCAGUAUGAGGAGAAGCUGAUUCUACUGCAGAACAAGAUCCGUGACACACAGCAAGAGAGGGACAGGGUCCUGCAAAACCUGAGUUCCAUGGAAUGCUACACAGAAGAGAAGGCGAACAAGAUCAAAGCAGAUUAUGAGAAGCGUCUAAGGGAGAUGAACAGGGACCUGCAAAAGUUGCAGGCAGCCCAGAAGGAGCAUGCCCGCCUCCUCAAGAACCAGUCGCGAUACGAGCGAGAGUUGAAGAAGCUGAAUGCAGAAGUGGCAGAGAUGAAGAAAGCCAAGGUGGCACUGAUGAAACAAAUGCGUGAGGAGCAGCAGCGGCGCAGAUUGGCAGAGACGAAAAGGAACCGGGAGAUUGCCCAGCUGAAGAAGGAGCAGAGGAGGCAGGAGUUUCAGAUUCGAGCUCUAGAAUCUCAGAAGCGGCAGCAGGAGAUUGUACUUCGCAGGAAAACCCAAGAGGUCUCUGCUCUGCGCCGUCUGGCCAAACCUAUGUCUGAUCGGGUUGCUGGAAGAAUGAAUCAAAAGCAAACCAUGCUGGACUCGGGUGUAGAGGUCUCCACCAGCACCACCUCCUCCGAGCCAGAAUCUAGUUCUCGCUCUGUAUCCAGCAUUGUGCGCCAAUGGAAUCGGAAAAUCAACACCUUUCUGGGAGACCCUCCUUCUUCCACAAAUGGGACUCGAACUGUCAGGAAGAAGUUCGCAAAGAAAGGGGCAAACCAGACCUUCAGUAAGACAGCCCGCAUGAAGUGGCAGUCCCUGGAGCGCCGUGUCUUUGACAUUGUCAUGCAGAGGAUGACCAUCAUCAAUCUGGAGUCGGAUAUGGAGCGACUCAUCAAGAAACGCGAGGAGCUGUCACUGAUGCAGGAGAUGCUUCUGGGGAAGAGGGAGAAGCUGCAGACAGAGAACCCUGAAGAGCAGAAGGGGCUGCAGGAGCUGAAUGAGGAGAUUGAGGUGCUGGCAGCCAACAUUGACUACAUCAAUGACGGCAUUUCUGACUGCCAGGCCACCAUCAUGCAGCUUGAAGAGACCAAGGAAGAACUGGAUUCCACAGACACCUCUGUGGUGAUCAGCUCCUGCUCCUUGGCUGAGGCACGGCUUUUGCUGGACAAUUUCCUCAAGGCAUCCAUAGACAAGAGCCUGCAGGUAGCCCAGAAGGAAGCCCAGAUCCGCCUGCUGGAAGGCCGCUUGAGACAAACGGAUGUGACUGGCUCCUCUCAGAACCACCACAUCCUGGAUGCCUUGCGGGAAAAGGCAGAAUCCCACCCUGAGCUGCAGGCGCUCAUCCACAAUGUGCAGCAAGAGAAUGGCUAUGCCAGCACAGAUGAAGAAGUCUCUGAAUUCAGCAUGGCCUCAGAGGGGAGCUUUUCCCAGUCUUUCUCCAUGAAGGGCUCUGCCAGUCAGGAUGACUUCAAGUGCAGGGGGGAGCCCAAGCUGUCUGGCCAGAUGAAAGCUGUGUCUGCAGAGUGUCUAGGGCCCACAUUGGACAUCUCCACCAAGAACAUCACCAAGUCGUUGGCAUCCCUCAUGGAGAUCAAAGAGGAUGGGAUUGGCUUCUCCAUCCGUGAUCCUUACUACAAGGAGAAGGUCUCCCGCACCAUCAGCCUGCCCAUCCGAGGGAGUACAUUCCCUAGACAGUCCCGUGGUGCAGACACAUCACCCCUCACCAGGAGGAAGUCAUAUGACCGGGGCCAGCCUAUCAGGAACCCAGAUGUUGGAUUCACUCCUCCUUCAUCCCCUCCCAGCAGGCCACGCAACGACCGGAAUGUUUUCUCCCGCCUCACCAGCAACCAGAGCCAGGGCUCAGCACUAGACAAGUCUGAUGACAGUGACUCCUCUGUCUCGGAGGUGCUGAGGGGCAUUAUCAACCCUGUGGGAGGGUCCAGGAGUGCCCGGACAGCUCCACUGCAAUGCAUCUCUGUGGCAGAAGGACACACCAAGCCUGUCCUGUGCCUGGAUGCUACAGAUGAAUUGUUGUUCUCUGGAUCCAAAGAUCGGAGUUGCAAAAUGUGGAACUUGGUGACUGGCCAGGAAAUUGCCUCCUUGAAAGGCCACCCAAACAAUGUGGUUUCCAUAAAGUACAGUAACCACUCUGGCCUGGUGUUCACAGUCUCUACCUCUUACAUCAAAGUGUGGGACAUCCGGGAUUCUGCAAAGUGUAUUCGUACUCUCACUUCAUCAGGCCAGGUGAUUGCCGGGGAUGCCUGUGCUGGGACCUCCACCCGCACCAUCACCAGUGUGCAAGGAGAGCACCAGAUCAACCAGAUUGCACUUAACCCCACAGGCACCAUGCUCUAUGCAGCCACUGGCAAUUCUGUCCGCAUCUGGGAGCUAAACAGGUUGCAGCCCAUUGGGAAGCUGACAGGUCAUAUUGGGCCAGUGAUGUGUCUCACGGUGAACAGGACUGCAAGCAACCAUGACCUAGUCAUCACGGGAUCUAAAGAUCAUUAUGUCAAGAUGUUCGAGAUUGCGGAAGGCGUUGUUGGGAACAUUGGCCCCACUCACAACUUUGAACCCCCACAUUAUGAUGGCAUUGAGUGCCUAGCUAUUCAGGGAGAUGUUCUCUUCAGCGGCUCCAGGGACAACGGAAUCAAGAAAUGGGACCUGGACCAGCAGGAGCUCAUCCAGCAAAUCCCAAAUGCACACAAAGACUGGGUUUGUGCGUUGGCCUUUGUGCCUAGCCGGCCCAUGCUGCUGAGUGCCUGCCGUGGUGGGACAGUGAAGGUCUGGAAUGUCGAUAACUUCACCCCCGUUGGGGACAUCAAGGGGCACGACAGCCCCAUCAAUGCCAUCUGCACCAAUUCUAAGCACAUAUUCACAGCUUCCAGUGACUGCCGGGUAAAGUUAUGGAAUUACGUGCCUGGGCUCACCCCCUGCCUUCCACGACGCGUCCUUGCCAUCAAGGGCCGUGCUACCAGUCUGCCUUGACCCUCCUCCUGUCUUCUCUACUCUCCUGCUCACUUUUUCUUGCUGUGUUCCCCCUUCCCCUCUUUCUCGUCCCUAACCCCUUUCUCUGCGAGCUGAUCUCAGCUGCUUCUUAACGUGACUGGACAGUGAAACUCUGGAGUGCAAGGAAGCUACUGAACAGCACAACCUAGAUAGAACCUGGGGAACUACUUGGACAUGGUGACUGUGGUGGAGGUCACGAGAAGACAAGAUGUGGCGCUCUUGUUGAGCCUGGCUUGCAAGGGUAGGGCGUGCUUAGCUUCCCACCAGAAUCUCACACACUCAGGGCUUCAGGAAAAGAUGGCACCCUGGCUUUGUGGUACCAUGUGCCCCAGUGAGUGAGUUGGUUGGACGGUGCGAGGGAGCCUUCUUUCCUUUCCAGUUUCCAUGCUCCAUGUCUCUUUUUCUUGGUAGGAUUUUGCAAUGACACUGAACUGUGAAACUCCCACCAUGGCAUUGUCAGCCUAGGAGGAAGGUCAAGCUGAGGCAUUUGAGAGCAUUUCUCCCAUCAGAAUCCACAUGCCACCCAAACAGGCACCCCCCAGGCUAUGUGAGAAGCUCUGCAAAAUAGGUGGUUUUAGGUGUUCAUAGGCCAAGGGGGUUUAUCAAGGAAAGAUGCAAGAGACCUCAUUCCUCACUCCAUCACGCCUGAGCGAUCCAAACCCAUCGACUCCUAUGGCCGCCUGGGGCCUGCUUAUGGCAUUCCUUCAGAGCUUAACAGUGAAACUGACCAGAGGAAAUCUAAACAUGCCAGCUGCUUCCUGGAUGUGUUUCCUGCAUAGUUGAUUGUUGUGUUUUAGAGGGUAUUUCUUGUUCUAGUUAGAUCUUUCAUGAGUGUUCAUGCGCUGGCUUCCUUUCUCUUAUUUCCACCACUGAUGGGCUGUGUGUAUGUGUGUGUGUGAUUUUCUGAAGGGGGGAAGGGUGGGUGGCAAAGUUAACCACCUUUUUAAAAAUGUUAAGCACAUGUGAUAUUUCUCAGUUUUUGCUCCAAAAGUAGAAUCGCCAAAGGUUUUCCUUUUCAAAUGCUUAGAGCCCUACCAAGAGAACAUAAAAAAGAAAAAUAUCUACUGUAUAAGUGAGGUCUGUCAAAUGGAUGAUGAUUAAUAUGGGAUUUGGAUUAUCACUUUUUCUUCAACUGUGGAAUCAAGAUUUCUGUUAGUUUGGAAGAAUGGUUGCUUUCUGUAUUCCAGCUUCAGACUUGAAAUUGUAAUGCUGAUCCCUUUUUUCAUAGUGCUAGAUAUCCCAGGAGAAAAAAAAAAAGAUGUGAGCUACUGGAAUAUGUUUUUGGCUUCUCCCUGGGAAAGUCUUCACAGGCAGCCUGGGGAGAAACAUGCAUUAUUUCAAUCUGUGAAGCUGUUUACAUUGUCCUGUUCCAAUAAGAGAAAAUAAUAAUGGCAACAGAAACUGACUCUCUCCUCUCAGGUGGAGAAAGGACCCUUUUAAGCAUUGGAACAGAAAUGUGUGAGGUUUUUUCCUUUAGAUUUUUAACAGGGUAAGAAACACUUGAACAAGCGUGUGGUGAUGCGUUCCUGUCUUCACAUUUCCCCAGAUGUGGGAUGAUGAGACUUGCCCUCUUAGUCUUGCCCCAUCACCUGUUUACUUACACCUGCUUGGCAUCCGUUCACAUCAAUACUCAUGUCUUCAUAAUAGACUCUGCAAUGAAUAAGCAGGAGAAGCUUCUCUCUCUGUGUUUCAAUCAACUUGAAUUUUCACUGGUGGAGUUUCAACCCACUUAAGUGUUCUCAUGGACCCUGUGUGAGCAUCACUUUGCAAGAGAUGAAGCUUUCUGUUUGUGUGUAACACAGCAGGGCUGUCCCAGCCCUCACUGGAGAGUCACAGAGCACUCCUCAAAACCUUCGUUUCCUCACUUGGCUGUUAAUAUGUGGUAUAAAUGGACUUUUGACAUGCAUUGUGCUCUCCUGACCAAGGACCAAGUUCAUGCCUCAACCAGCAGACUUGGGGUAAGCAGCACACUGGUGGACCAUUCCACAGCUCUGCCCCCUGGUUUAUAGGAGUCUUCUGCUCUAAUAAACUGGGUUUGGGUGUGAACUUCAUCCGCUCCAUGCAGUGAAGCUGCAGAUUCUUCCAUUGGGAGUAGGUUGUUGUACUGUAAUUCUGUAUGGGUGUUCAAAAGGUUCUGUGUAUUGUCUUGUGCAUUUUUUGGGGGUGGCGGAGCAGGAGGGAGAGGGGUGUGUGUAUGUGCACGCGCAUGAGUGAAAUUUAAAAAGGGUGAGGGCUUGUUUUGAGUUAACCUACCUCAUGGUCCAAGGUGUCUAGUUCUACUCUUCGGGGGGGUUUUUAUGUUAAUAAAACUUGAAUUAGUCUGGGGACCGCACAUUACCACUGACCCCUAAGUCCCAAAAGUGAGAUGAAGGCAAGGUGAAAGCAAGUGUGCUUUGCCUUCGCUGUUGACUGAUUUACAUUCAAGCUCACAGCUUGUACUGUGUCCACCAGCAGCACCAAUUUUAAUAAGCUCUUCUUAAAUGUUAAGACUGAUAUUUAUUGAAUCAUUGUGUCCUUUGCAGUCUUCUCGUGACUUAGCAUUCUCAGCUGAGAAUAACAGAGAGGUCCAAGUGAUUCAAGCCUUGGAAGAGGGACCAUCUUCCAUCGGUAAUGAAAUCAGCACAAUCCUCACGCCUUCACAUGGCUACACGAGCUAUCUUGUCCGAUAUUUUCAGAAGCUUGUAGUCCACCUGUGAAUGUAGUUGCCUGUAAAAAAAUAUAUUCUAGGAAUACAUUGUGAAUUAGCUGCACACAGUUCACCUAAAACUUCCUCCAUUCUUCCUUGGAGGAAGUCUGGUUUAGUACAAGAAAUAUGAAAUGUCUUGUAAAGUAUUACUUGAUAUACCUGAAAGCACUGUGCCCGACAGCACUCUGCUUAACUGUUAAAUUAUUGACCAUAUUGCCAUGUAGUCCCAUGUGCCUCAGUGCUAUUGCUAGCUUUUUAGGUAUGGGAUUAUAUUUUCUCAUAUUGAAGAAGCUACCCCCUUCUCUCUUUGUAUUUUUUAAUAGUCCUGAUCCAAGCGACGUGACAAAGUGCAAAACCCUGCAAAUGAAAUUGGGUGCAAACCAGGAGAGCCAUUUUACCUCCUCUGAACAGUUACGUGAAGCACACGGUGGGAAGGGUCAGAAUAAGCAAGCUGAAAACCUCGUCUGCUUUGAGUAGCCCUUGGGAGUAAAUGUGCAUGUUCAUUAAGAGGACACUGUCAUUAACGAGACUCAAAAGUGGGUUUGCACAACCUGCUUGAUUCAUCUAGCAGCCCUGGGAAAAUCUCUGCCAGGUUCUCCUGGUGUUCUUAAGGCUUUGCUUUGGCAAUAGGCCUCCUGGUGGUAGGAUAACAUGCACCAUCCCUGCAUUCCAAGAAAGGAGCUGGGGUGAAAGACCAUAGGCCCGUUUGCUCCACCUCUUGGUUUAUGUAUACAUAUAUAAUCAUGUUUCAAUUGACAGGUGCCUUUUCUUGCCCUGAAAGGUGUUUUCUCCCCCUCAAGGCUGGCGUGUGUGUUCAGGGCUUCUUUGGGGGUUUUGUACCAUCCGGCAAAAUGGUCACACGUAUGUAUGUGUGUGUGUGCGUGUGUACAUGAUAAGGUGUGUAAUUAUUUUAUACCGCUAUGUAAAUAGUGUAAGUUAUUUAAAGCUCCCGCUGUACAUGGUUUUCCAAUGAAUGUGUUUGUUCCUCCUCUUAAUAAAUAAACAUCAAAACAAGA